AUGGGAGCGGGUUCGGGUUCGAGUUCGGGAAGUAAUGCAGCAGCAGCAGGAAGAUGUGGCGCCCAACGUGGGGCAUCAGCUGUGACUGGGGCACGAGCUAGUAUUAAAGGCGCUCGCCAGGACACAACAACCACCACAACCACCACACCGACGAAAACAACAACAAAAACAACAACAGCAACCACUCAACAAUUUACUAAGCAAAAUCCUUUUGCUGCCUCCCGGCAACGUAACAGUAACAGUAAAAGUAACAGUAACAAUAGUAGCAGUAACUUUAACCUUAUUGUAAGCAGUAAAAAUAGCAUCAUCAGCAGCGGUAGCCACAGAAAUGUUAAAGAGACUGUUACCAAACAGAGGCAGAGGCAAAAGAAUGUAAAUUAGUAAGAGUUUAACAGCAAACAGAGCAAAAAGAAACAAAAAAAGAAAAUACCAAGCAGACCUAAAUCAAUUUUUGUAUUUUUGGGAUAUUUAUGAUUUAAUUUCAAACUCAACCAGACCUCUCUUUCCAAGCUUCAAACGCCAACAAAACCACAACACAACACACACAUUAUAGCCACUGUAAUUAAAUGCAAAGAAAAAGAAAAUACACAUAACAUUUGUUCAUUUAUUGGUUAAGAAACUAGAAUUAACAGAAGCAACAGAAAUGCAUCUAAGCAAUUGAUUUUGAACAACAUAAUAGAGCAGCAGACAACACAGCAUAACGACAAGAAACGAAACCGAAACAACAAAACAGAGUACAAAAGAGAAAAAAAAGAAAAUAGACAUAAAAUUAAUGAAUUUUUGUUUGGUUACUUCGUUUGGAUUGCAUGCAGUGAAAGAGUGCGAAAAAAAAACGAAAGUUGAGAGAUGCCGAAAUUGUUUAAGCGCGUUUAAUUGAUGAUUCCUUGAACUCUAUAAACACCAUCGCAUUAAUUUUUACCUUUUUUUAAAUUAUUUUUUCUUAUCUUUAAUUUUUACGUUUAUAGGCGUACAUUAUAUACUUUGAAUGGAACUUAUUGAGUUUUUGUUGAUAUAUUUCUGUAAAAAAAUUUAAGUCUAAUUAUGUAAGCGAGUGCAGAGCGUGGGUGGUAAACAUUAAA